UUUAUUCAAUUUCUGUUUUCUACACUACUUGAGUAUAAAUACGUUUACUAUUGUAUGUUUAAGAGAUAUACCUUAUAGAGAAACACUGGAGUAAGGUUUCUUAACACUUUAAAGCUCGCGGAUCUCUGUACACGUUAUGCUGUAGUAACGGACCGCCGAGGACCGUAAGCGCUUGUUACGGUACGGACCCGGAGUGUGACUUUUACAGUAUGUCCUGUCCUAAAGGGGAGAUCAUUCGCAUAGACAUGCUGCAAGUCGGAUAUAAGAAUAACACUCUUUGCUCGACUGGAGAAAAUCAUUGCAACUCCUCCGAAAGUUGCUGCUCAUACCAAGACGGUGAUCUGACGGGCCAAUAUUCCAUCAACAGCAGUUAUAACACGUACGCAAACUGUUCUGGACAACAGAAUUGCACCGAUUUGCACGCUCCUUGGCAGAGAAUUGUGGGCCAGACAUUUUCGACCUAUGUGCAAGUUAAUCACUCUUGUAUAUGUGUUUCAGAGGAAGUCAUUCCUAUGUGUGGUGGACCUCGUAAAUCAAUCAACGCGUCUGCGGUGAGUACAAACAUCAUCUUUGAUGGGCGAAAGGAUGCAGUCAACUACGACCGAGGUUGCGGCUGUAUUAUCCGCAAUCUUGGGAAUACAGUGGUUGGAAUCAACUUCUAUCCCGUUGAUAUAAGGCUCCGGUCGAUUUAUAAGGAAGAAAAUAUCUCCUGUUCCUCUGCAAAGCUCUCUGCUGACUUUUUGGACUCUGACUGGACAUGUGGUGAUGGCAACGAAUUUGUGUUCUCAAACGAUUUGACCGAUGUCAGUGAUGUGGCCAAAUAUAAAAUUCUCAACAUCGAUGGAAAUGUUACUAUAACUUUGAGUAAUCUUACCAAGGAUGAUGUACUGCCGGGCAUGGUAUGGUGGAAUUUAAAAGCUAACGACACAGUGGAUAUAGAAUGUUAUGAGAUCUUAUCGGAAGCUACGACUUUGCUUCCAACGACAACGUCGUCUGAUAUCACUACAACCUCAGUUUUGCCUUCAACCUCUACAACUCUACACAAUGUAACAUCCAACGAUACAUCAGUUCCUCCCACUGAAUCGACGACCCAACCGUCACCUGUCUCCAACACCACAAACACUCAAACUACAAGUAAAAUGUCAACCACAGAAGAUGUUAUAAAUUCAACAAUAUCGACCUUCGCAUCGACACCGGACAUGUCGUCAACAAUACCACCAACUGACGUGUCCGCGGCAACCUUGUCAAGUAUUACAACGACAAAAGGAUCAACAACAAGCGAGUCACAAACACCCACCCCAUAUUCAUCAUCUGUAUCCGAUACAUCGACAUUACCGUCAACGCAAAGCUCUCUCUCGCCAAGUAAUCCACAAACAACGUUUACCCAGAGUACUAAAUCCACAAUUAAAGUUUCAUCUGAGCCGGGCAGUGUCUCAAGCUCGACUCCAUCCUCAAUUGCAUCUACAAUAAGUACUACCCCACUUUCAGAAACAAACAACACAGGGUCAACAGAUGUGAAUCUAACUACAAUACCAGAACAAGAAAAAUCAACUUCGCUCAGUAGUGAAGCAGUUACUGGCUUAAGCGUUGGUGGUGGCCUGAUUUUAAUCAUUGUCGUCUGCAUAGUAAUUUGGAUACAUCGAAAGGGAACACGUAAACAGUCUUACAAAGUGGAAAAGCCAGUAGCAGACUCCAAAAAGAAAAACUGGCUAGAAUUAGAUGAUAGUUUGUACUAAUAUAUUCGGACGUUUCUAAUCGUUAUUGACCAUGGACAGUCUCCGAUCGAGAUGGAAGGUCGUUUGUGGUUCCGAAUAUGUAAUUAUAACUGUACAUGAUAAGCAUUUUGUUUCUGAGACGCUCGGAGAAUAGAAUAAGUCACCUGUUGUAGACAUGAUCUAAUACAGCAAUGCCACUGCGAUGUAGGAGAUAUAUCAAAGAUGAUUACUUUAUAAUAUAGAAUGUGGCAAUUUUCAGACCUAAAUCAAACAAGUUGCUAUGUUCGGAGUUAUAUAAGAACAAGAAUGUUUUAUGCAUGCACUUUUAUUUAUUUCACUAGUAUAUAUCAAUCACUAUAGCAGUUUUGUUUGGAGGCCCUAAAUAGUCGCACUGUGAUUCGACGACAGGGAAACCUUUUUUGUCAUUUUGAUUAUGCAGGCUUUCAAGUGGCCAAUAACAAAAAAUAGAGAUAAAAGUAUGGAGGUUUUUGUUUAAAAAGAAGGGUAAAAUAAGGAUUUUAAGAGCAACAAGUAGGGAUAGUAGGGCUCUUUACUUAACUUUUGCAUGCAAAUAUAUGACCAUUACACCUAUUCAUAAAUUGUGAUGUACAUUUAGUUAUCUUUUCUUAGAAACCAAUGCUUCAAGAGGGUUUCAGCCACAUGAUGAGCAGUUGAACCUGGAGUUGGUGUCUCUGACUUGUCAACGACUUUUUCUAUUAUUGCUCAAACUAUUUUUACAAUAAAGUAGGGAUAGUAGGGUUUUUUUCAAGAAAAAGUAGGGAAAAGGUGGAGCCUAACAAAAAAAGUAGGAAAAAGUAGGAAAAGAAGGGCCAACUUGAAAACCUGAUUAUGGAAAAUAACAUACAGCUGAUAUCGAUGAUAGGGGGACGAUGACAAACUGAUGUAUGAAAUUUAUAAAUUUUGUUAUAGGUUUAAUCAUAUUUUUAACUCAUUUAUUAUGUACAGUGUUGUUUUCAUAUUGCAAUUUCGUUUUGUUUUUUACUUCCAUCAAUAGCGUUUGCUACAUAAAAAGGUCAUUUAAAAGUCGUCAUAUAAUAUACCUUUUUAUUCCACGAGUUCAGGAAAUGUAUUAUUAAGCGAGUCUUCUCUGGAACAAAAAUGUGUAAACUUUGAUGACGAGUAUCAGAUUAUUUCCAUCAUAUGCCUUUCCCGGUAAAAUGAGUAACAAAUCGACCUGCCACUUUUACUGCAGCUGCUGAUAAGAGUCGGCAAACAAACAAAAAACAAUGCCAUUUCCCGCGCUAGAUACAUUUCAGACUUUGCAUUUCAUAACUUAAAUGAAGAUAUUUUAUGUAUUUACGACACUUCCAAAAGGCCAUAUAUACCGUGUUCGCUGAAGUUCUUUAUCUACAGAUGUUUUACCUGGAAAAGGUCCGAUUGUUUAAAGUUCAUUUAUAAGUCGAGUGCUACUGAGAUUGUAUUCAGUGUUAAUAACAACAUACAAACUAGAUUUUCAACGAAAUUUGCUUUCUUUUUAAUUUUAGUGUCAAAUCCGGUAAGAUGACCUCAAAAUUUUAUAAUAUGUUCAUAACGUAUUAUCCUGAUUUUAUACUGAAAAUAAAUCUUAAAGUAUGCUAUUCAUGAAUAAGAGAUGAAAUAGUACGUUUAUUCGUAAUAGUUUGACAUAUAUUAAUGAUUAAGAAUGGGUGGAAUGAGUCUUGCCCUUCUUAAUCGUUAACCUGUAAUUCGAGUCAUCUACCUGACUUAAAACGUUUUGGCUGACACAUUGUAAACGCAAAAUCCGACACAGGGAUUGUGUAUCGGAUAUGCGGCAGUAGGUGGACCUUUAAACACCGGCGAAAUUCUUAAUGACUAAGCCCAGUACAAAUGAUUGCCUGUCUACAAUUUGAUUGGCUUUAAUUUUGUAGGUUGUUUUCUAAUUAUCAUUUAAAUGGAAAAGAAAUCUCAAUAUCAAUCAAUUAAAAUAAGAAACAAACUUAUACCAGUUAAGAGAUUUAUUUUUUAAUAUCAUUGUUUACAAACGUUUUCUGGCUAAUACUUAUAACCAAUGUUAUAUUACACAUGUGUAAAACAGAAAAUGACCCGAGUGUUAUUAAACCGUCAUCUCUGUUUAACAUGCGAUACAAUUUACAUUCUUUUUGACAGGUAAUUUGUAAACAGAGGCAGCAUAUAAAACAAGUGUACGAGUGUACACCUGUAGCCCCGCCCUACAUUGCUAAAUAUAUUUAUGUGAGCGUAGGAUGUACUAUAAAAAUGUUGUUCGUAAGAGAAACAAUGCUAGUUACGAACGUACGUAGAAUGUCCGAAGAACACUAAUCCAAAAGGGAUUAGGAAAUAUUGGCUUGUUUCAAAUUAAAUAGCAUAAUAAACUUGUUGAGAACAUAUUUAAAUAUUGGAGAAAAUGUAUUAAAAUGUUUAAGUGAAGAAAGUUUGUGUGAAAAUAAUGAUUUCAUAAAACAAAUGAAUACUUUUCCCAAAACUUGAUGAUCUUAGAGGUGUAGAUGAUAUAUUGUUAAGGCUUUGCAUUUUUGAAAAGAUAAAAGCAUUUUGUGGUGAUUGUUAAUUGAAUAAAUAAUUUAUUGAAAACAUAGAUAAAUUAUCAACAUGAUAUGAUAUAUUAUUUUUUUUGAACUCCGGCAUUUAUCAGGAUACAUGGAUGAAAUGUAUCAUAAUCCCUUUGCAUAAAAAGAAUGUGAAUGAUGCUAGCAGUUAAAGAGGUAUUACGCUUAUAAAUUGUAUGUAUAUCUAAUUCAACUGUUCUACAAUGUUUGUGAUACGUGUGAGUCUUGGACAAAGGGUAUAACUGUUCCAACCUCUUGCUCUACGUAAUACAAUAAAUCAUUGGUGUGUAAAUAAAAAUAUGUUUAAUGACACACAAAUUGGAUUUAGAGAUAACCACAUCAAUUAAAGAUGCACUUUUACUCCCAACUUCAGAUUUGUAACAAUUAUUACAAUUAUUUAGAUAUUAAAAUUACUUAUGUGAAAAACUACAGAAACAAGCUCAGAAGCAAAAAGGAUGAAUAAAUGUAAAAAACAAUGGUUUUUAUUAAGGGUACCGUGUAAAUUUGAAAGAAAUGUGCAGAAUAAAACGAUAUUUCUACCUUAUGAGACGAUAGUAGAUGGCAGUAAAUCUUUUAGCACUCACCAAUUAUUUAAUAGUUUCUCGUAUAUUAGACAGUGGUUUAAGGUUGAUCAAUCAAAAUUUAUGUUUGUUAUACAUGUGUUUGUAUAAUUUGAAUUAGCGUGACACUUUAAAAUUGUAUAAUUGUUUUGCAUAGUAUUAUUCAGAAGGUUUUAUUGAAUAAAUUGAAAUUAUA